GCGUGACAUUUAUCUCACAAACACACCACGAUGAACUCACCAGACCAAACUGGUUCUCCUCUGUCCUCCCCCUCCUCAGGCUCUCACACUCCCGAAGAGACGGGCCCUUUAUCGCCCGCAUCCGUAGGUACAGGAAACCUCCUUAGCUCUGUUGUAUCAAAUCUGUCAUCACAAGGAGGAGGAGGAGUGGGAAAACGUCGUAUGCACUUUGCUACCGGUGGAUCGACCCGAGAUGUCAAGUCGAGGAGGCGUGAAGAUCACCGGAAAGGAGCAGGGGGAGGGGGAUCGUCGAGUGGGGCUCAUGGUGGGCCUGAAAUGUGGGAAGGAAAGGCUUCACAUGGAAGUGGGAAAAAGGACAAAGAGGACCUCUUGGAUUAUCAUAUCGUUGAGUACCUCAAGAGAGAAAUUGGCGAUCCUUUUCUCGAAGCAACGUUCGGUUUGCCUCGCUGAAUUGCGAGUGAUGUUAGCACGUCUCUCGUUUCUUGAACGUGGCAGUUGUACAUAUAGCUAAUAAUGAAAUAAAUAGUCAUGUCUGUCGUUGUAGCCAAG